UGACGCAGUGCGGAGCAUGCUCUGCUGGGCUGCCCGGGGUGAGCGGAGGGGAGGGGGGAGAGGAAGUGGAAGAGGUGGAGCAGAAGCCGAAGAAGCUACAAAAAGCCAAAACCCUGGAGGCCAUAGUGAAUGCCCUCGCCAUGUCCGGCGACGCAGAAGAAGUGACACGUCUGCGGAAACCCAGGUUUUCCUAUGAGGAGAACCAGAUCCUCAUCCGAGAAGUGCGGGCGCACUACUCUAUGCUGUACGGCGCACAAAGCCGACGCCUGAGUGUGGCAGAACGACGACGCGUCUGGGAGGGCAUAGCCGCCAAGAUCAACGCUAUAACCAACUGGAAGCGCACCGCUCAGGAAGUCCAGAAACGCUGGAAUGAUUUUAAGAGACGGACCAAGGAGAAGCUGGCGCGCGUUCCUCACUCCACCCAGAACGGUUCCGCAGAGGAGGUGCUAACGGCGGAGGAGGAAACCAUCUUUGCCAUCCUGGGACCUGGCGUCGUACCUGGGAGGGAGCCUUAUAUUUCUGGGACACGGCUGAGCCAUAUGGACCUGAGUAUGGCGGGACCAGGCUCCUCCAGUACAGAAAACUCUCUGAGUGGUCCAUGCUGUCCUCCUGAGCCUCCACUUCUACUCCAACCCAAGGAAUCUCAUUCACCAACUCCCCAGAUCCACAUUGUUCAGUUACCGCAGCUCAGCCCUUCCCCGGACCCCUCAGACGGGGCUUCCCCCCCGCCACUGCCUCCAGGAUCCUGCUCCCCCAUGCUUGCUCCGGGCUCUGUCAGCCAGCACUAUGACCCCACCGUGGCCAUGCUGAGAGCCCAACAGGAAACUGCCGAAGCUAUACGUCACCUGACCUACACAUUACGCCAGAGCAUGGACCGUCUGACCAACGUCCUGGCGGCCAUUUUACCUCUUAUACCUCCGCAGCUAGCAUCACCCACCCCCUCCACCCUCAUUGAUCCCGUUUACUAUCCCACAAAGACAGAGCCAGAGUCGGAACCCUGUUCUGUGAGUUAUGAGGUGGAAGAUAAUUGUGAUGUCCAUGAAGACAGUGCCGCAUUAGAUGUGACGGAGGAGCCAGCUCGCUCGCCGUCCUCCUCGCCUCCUCCUCCUAACAAGAGGAAGAGAUUCUCUUACCUGACGUCGCGGAAACGUCGAGGUCGCUGGAAAAAUGUGUAAUAACUACAACUGUCUUUUAUUUUACCGCAUCACAGAGUAUAAGGGUGAACUGCUGUCUGUAUAACGACUAGCCCAAAAUUCAGGAUUAUUCGCCCCGUCAGUGGAUACUCAAAGCUAUAAUACCACAAUAUUUCCUUAUGUCACCAGUGGAGAACUGCUAAAAUAAGACGUGCAGAACAGCGACGCUCCAGAGCCCGACCUCCGGCUGUGACUUCUGAAUGCAACUUCCUUGUGUAAUGGGAGAUGGUAGCGGAAGAUGGGACUGUGACUGGAGAUGGUUGCGGGAGACGGGGACAGUAAUUGGAGAUGGUAGCGGAAGACGGGGACAGUAAUUGGAGAUGGUAGCGGAAGACGGGGACUGUAAUUGGAGAUGGUAGCGGAAGGCGGGGACUGUAACUGGAGAUGGAAGCGGCAGACGGGGACAGUAAUUGGAGAUGGUAGCGGAAGACGGGGACUGUAAUUGGAGAUGGUAGCGGAAGGCGGGGACUGUAACUGGAGAUGGUAGCAGAAGACGGGGACUGUAACUGUAGAUGGUAGCGGAAGACGGGGACUGUAAUUGGAGAUGGUAGCGGAAGACGGGGACUGUAAUUUGAGAUGGUAGCGUAAGACGGGGACUGUAACUGGAGAUGGUAGCGGAAGACGGGGACUGUAAUUGGAGAUGGUAGCGGAAGACGGGGACUGUAAUUUGAGAUGGUAGCGGAAGACGGGGACUGUAACUGGAGAUGGUAGCGGAAGACGGGGACUGUAACUGGAGAUGGUAGCGGAAGACGGGGACUGUAACUGGAGAUGGUAGCGGAAGAUGAAGACUGUAACUGGAGAUGGUAGCAGAAGACGGGGACUGUAAUUGGAGAUGGUAGCGGAAGACAGGGACUGUAAUUGGAAAUGGUAGCGGAAGACGGGGACUGUAAUUGGAGAUGGUAGCGGAAGACGGGGACUGUAAUUGGAAAUUGUAGCGGAAGACGGGGACUGUAAUUGGAGAUGGUAGCGGAAGACGGGGACUGUAAUUGGAUAUGGUAGCGGAAGACGGGGACUGUAACUGGAGAUGGUAGCGGAAGACGGGGACUGUAACUGGAGAUGGUAGCGGAAGACGGGGACUGUAACUGGAAAUGGUAGCGGAAGACGGGGACUGUAAUUGGAGAUGGUAGCGGAAGACGGGGACUGUAAUUGGAGAUGGUAGCAGAAGACGGGGACUGUAAUUGGAGAUUUUAUGGAUGUAACAAACUUUGGACGCUCACUCCUUAAUUUUCUCAAAUGUUUGGUUGGUUUUCCUAGAAUGAAGGUUGGAAAGUCAUUUUCCACUUUGAGGUCCCUUCUGGAAGGAAACGCGUGUUAUAGAUCUCUUGCUGCACAUUACAAUGUGGUUACUCCACUUCACAGUAAUUAAUAAGUAAUAGUCUGUUGAUGGUUAUUUAGUGGUGGAAACGUUGGGACUACAUCCGUGGAGCAGGGGUCUGUGUUGGGCCCAAUUGUAGAUGUAUCAGCAGGACCUGUCUUACACUGUUACGGUUAGAUCUGUUCUAUCCAGUUACUCUAUAGAUCCAGUAUACAUUCCGCAUGGUUACUGCCUGGCGGCGGGCGCCGUUCCUGCACUACGUAAUACCGGUGUGACCGCCGGGAAUCAGUCACCCAUCCAGCUGUAUGUUCUGCUGUGCUCAGGUGUUCCCUUUUGCUAUUUUUAUAAUUGUAAUUUGCAGAUUAUUCCUCUGUUCCUCUCACACAUCCUGUUCUCCUACUGUAAAUACACAGAGCCCAGAAAGCAAUAUAUAUGUAUAUAAAUAUGCAUACUCCGUGUAGAUAGUAUCAGCCCCCUCAUCAAGAUAAUUAGCCAGAUAGUCAUUUACGUGGGAGAAUUAAUUAUGUAUGUAAAUAACUACAUAUUAAAAGAUUUUGAUUUGUAA